AUGACACCUUCUUCUUCUUCUUCUUCUUCUUCUUCUUCUUCUUCUUCUUCUUCUUCUACUUCUUCUUCGUCGUCGUCGUCGUUGUCGUUUUCUUCUCCACCUGCUCUUCCCUUUUAUUAUCACCUUUCGCCUUCUUCUUCACCUCCUCCUCUUUCUCCUCCGUUUUCUUCAAUAUCAUCUUCAUCUCAUCCUUUUCCUCCUUCGUCUAACUCCUGUUCCUCCUUCUUCUUCUUCUUCUUCUUCUGCAAUAUCUUCUUGAAUAUCAUCUCCUUCUUCCCGUCUUCCUUCUUCAUCUUCUCCUACUUCUUCAAUAUCUUUCGCCUUCUUCUUCUUCUUCUUCUUCUUCUUCUUCUUCUUUGUCAAUAUAUUCCGCCUUCUUCUUCUUCUCUUGUCCCUCCUCCUCUUCCUCCUUCUCCACCUUUUUCUUCUUCGACUUCAAUAUAUUUUUCUUCUUCUUUCUUGUCUUUUUCUUCUUCUUCUUCUUCUGCAUUCUUCUUCCUCUCGUCCCCAGCCUCCUUCUCCUCCACAUCCACCUCUUCUUCUUCUUCUUCUUCUUCUUCUUCUUCUUCUUCUUCUUCAAUAUCUUCUUUUUCUUCACUAUCUUCUUCUUCUACUUCUACAGUAUCAUCCGCCAUUUUUUUUGCAGCUUCCCGCGGCUAUUCAUUACUUGGUGGAUAUUUCCUCUGA